GACGCGAAGGCCCAUACGGAAGCGUGAGCCACAUCCCGAGCCGGAGCCCGAGCCGGAACCCGAGCCGGGAGCGGGGCUCCGGGGCUCCGGGCUGUAGGGCCUGCUGGGCCGGCAGCGAUGGCGACCCUCUGGGGAGGCUUCCUUCGGCUUGGCUCCAUGCUCAGCCUGUCCUGCUUGGCGCUGUCGGUGCUGCUGGUGCAGCUGUCAGACGCCGCCAAGAAUUUCGAGGAUGUCCGGUGUAAAUGUAUCUGUCCUCCCUAUAAAGAUAAUUCUGGGCAUAUUUAUAAUAAGAACAUAUCCCAAAAAGAUUGUGAUUGCCUUCAUGUUGUGGAUCCCAUGCCUGUGCGGGGUCCUGAUGUAGAAGCAUACUGUUUACGCUGUGAAUGCAAAUAUGAGGAAAGAAGCUCAGUUACGAUCAAGGUUACUAUUAUAAUUUAUCUCUCCAUUUUGGGCCUUCUACUUCUGUACAUGGUAUAUCUUACUCUGGUUGAGCCCAUACUGAAGAGACGCCUAUUUGGACACUCACAGUUGAUACAGAGUGAUGAUGAUGUUGGGGAUCACCAGCCUUUCGCAAAUGCGCAUGAUGUGCUGGCCCGUUCCCGCAGUCGGGCCAAUGUGCUGAAUAAAGUAGAGUAUGCCCAGCAGCGCUGGAAGCUUCAAGUUCAAGAGCAACGAAAAUCUGUCUUUGACCGUCAUGUUGUCCUCAGUUAACUGAACUCAAAUUCAAGAUGACUGGAAAGAAACGAGGCAGACAACUGGAAUAAAUAGAGCUUUUCUGGG